UUAACGUUACCUUUUUUUCUUCCAGAAAAUGAAGCGAGUGAAACCGAUGAAAAGGCGGAGGCGGAGACACAGAACCAACUGACGGUUAAUAUUUAAAUCGCAUGACGUUAUUACUCUUACAAUUGUGCGCAUGCGUCAAUAUAUUCAACGUCGAAUUUUAUGUUAAUUAAAUAAUUAAAAUAAUAUGUUUCAGAGUAAAUUAAGGUUAAUAGUGUAAUUUUAUUUAAUUAACAAAUCAAUAUUACGUUUUGAAAUAAGGCCUAUCAUUCGUUAAAAUCUGAGGAAUUACAUGAAAGCGUAUUAAAACAUCACAAUGUUGAUUUAAUUUGUAUAAAUCUAUUUUCCCGGGGUUAUUGACACCUGUCAGUGGAAGCCCGUUCCCGCCACUGAAUUGAAUAAAAAUAAAAAAGGUAAUCGCGACUUUUCAUCGCACAAUUCUGAUUUUUUUUUUUAUACAAACUUGCAAUUCUGACAUUUUUUUAUUAUUAUUUAUUUAUUUUUUUUUCAGAAUUGACUUUAUAAGUCAGUUUAUAUGUCACAAUUCUGUGAAAAAGGUCCGAAUUGUGAGAUAAAGAGUCGCGAUAACCUUUUUUAAUGUUUUUUUAACGGGCUUCCAUCUCUGUCAGUGAUCUCCAUCACAAAAAGUCAAAAUAAAGCCGAGUUAAAUGUUAUUUUUGCGCGAGGAGACCCGGGUAAAGGCUCGGGAGGUGUGGGAGGGCUCAGCUGCGCUCUCGCUUCUAUGGCAACCCGAGAGAUCAGCAUCACCGUGAAUAUUCACGGGAUCAGAGCGACUCGGGACGGCGGAAGGCGGUGAAGUCAGCGAUGCGCGGUAGAUGUGGGCUACUCGAUCGUGAUUGACAGCCGACAGGGACCCGUGACCCGCGCGCCCUUUAUACGUGCUCGCAGAGCAGCACAGUCAGUGCCUUGAAGCUGGAGACCACUGGAUUUGGGCAGCCAGGUAUCCUAAUGCGCCGUGAGCGAAAGACAGGUUGGUUUGACCCUUCAGACUGUUCGGGUUCCGGUGCACAGGGAUUUGUGGCGAUAAUUACACCCGAGCUGAAUUCGUUUGUCAUUGAGUUGAUCGCGCGCCCGUUUCAAUGUCAUAAUGGACAGGUUGCAUUCGUCCACGCGUAAAAGGCUCGACAGUUUGCCUCAGCACAUCGGGCAGAAAGCGUCCAUCAUGGGUGAUGCAGAAGACACCGACAAGGACACCCGGAGGAAGAGCAUCCGGAUGAAGCCCCUGCCGGCGCCGACCUCCGCGGGGGAGACCCGAAGCGGAGAGUCCGUGAUCAUGGAGACGGACAUCGGGAGACCCGUGAAGACCAGCUCUAACGGGGACUGCCGGAGGUUCCGAGGGAGCCUGUCGUCCAUCACCAGUCGGCACGUCCACGACUCGGAUGUAGCGGAGCAGAGGCGUCUGAUCACGGAGGGAGAAGUCACCCCGAGCGAGGAGAGCCCUCCUGGAGCCGCGGGGGGCGGCGGCGGGUGUGAGGAUGCGGGCGCGAGCCAGCAGCAGCAGAUACCGGGCGUCCCGGAGCAGCAGGCUGGCUUUAUAAAGCUGGAGGGCAUCGAGCAGAUCCUGCCGGACGACGAGAGGUUUUAUCAAGCGGGCUUCAUGCACAGGCAGUUUGGGGCGAUGCUGCAGCCCGGGGUCAACAAGUUUUCCCUGAGGAUGUUUGGGAGCGAGAAAGCGGUGGAACGGGAGCAAGAACGGGUCAAAUCCGCGGGUUUCUGGAUCAUUCACCCCUACAGCGAUUUCAGGUUCUACUGGGAUCUCACCAUGCUCCUCCUGAUGGUGGGAAAUCUCAUCAUCAUUCCCGUGGGCAUCACCUUCUUCAAGGACGAGCACACGCCGCCGUGGAUCGUCUUCAACGUGGUUUCCGACACCUUCUUCCUCAUGGACCUGGUGCUGAACUUCCGCACGGGGAUCGUAAAGGAGGACAACGCGGAGAUCAUUCUGGACCCUCAGCGGAUCAAGAUCAAAUAUCUGCGCUCGUGGUUCGUGGUGGACUUCAUCUCCUAUCCCGUGGACUACAUCUUCCUCAUUGUGGAGACGCGCAUCGAUUCGGAUUUCUACAAGACGGCGCGCGCUCUGCGGAUCGUACGCUUCGCGAAGAUCCUCAGUCUGCUGCGACUGCUGCGGCUCUCGCGGCUCAUACGCUACAUCCAUCAAUGGGAGGAGAUAUUUCAUAUGACCUAUGACCUGGCCAGUGCAAUGGUGCGAAUCGUCAACUUGAUUGGAAUGAUGCUGUUGCUCUGUCACUGGGAUGGCUGUCUGCAGUUCCUGGUGCCGAUGCUUCAGGACUUCCCCGCCGACUGCUGGGUGUCCAAGAACAAGAUGGUGAACGACACGUGGGGUCAGCAGUAUUCUUACGCUCUCUUCAAGGCCAUGAGCCACAUGCUGUGUAUUGGAUAUGGCAUGUAUCCGCCUGUCGGCAUGACGGACGUGUGGCUGACCAUCCUCAGCAUGAUCGUGGGUGCGACCUGCUACGCCAUGUUUGUCGGCCACGCCACGGCGCUGAUCCAGUCGCUGGACUCCUCACGCAGGCAAUAUCAGGAAAAGUACAAGCAGGUGGAGCAGUACAUGUCCUUCCAUAAGCUUCCAGCAGACAUGAGACAGCGGAUCCACGAUUACUACGAGCACAGAUACCAGGGGAAGAUGUUUGAUGAAGAGAGCAUUCUGGGAGAACUGAGUGAGCCGCUGAGAGAGGAGAUCAUAAACUUCAACUGUCGGAAGCUGGUGGCGUCUAUGCCGCUGUUCGCCAACGCGGAUCCGAGUUUUGUGACGUCGACGCUCACCAAACUUCGCUUUGAGGUCUUCCAACCUGGAGAUUACAUCAUACGGGAAGGAACCAUCGGAAAGAAGAUGUACUUCAUCCAGCACGGCGUGGUGAGCGUCCUCACCAAAGGAAACAACGAGACCAAGCUGUCAGACGGGUCCUACUUUGGAGAGAUUUGUCUGCUGACUCGAGGUAGACGCACGGCCAGCGUCCGGGCCGACACGUACUGCCGUCUGUACUCGCUGUCUGUGGACAACUUCAACGAUGUCCUGGAGGAGUAUCCCAUGAUGAGGAGAGCGUUUGAAACCGUUGCUCUGGACCGGCUGGACCGCAUCGGGAAGAAGAACUCUAUUCUCCAGCACAAGGUCCAGCAUGAUUUGAAUUCAGGGGUUUUGAACUACCAGGAAAGUGAGAUCAUCCAGCAGAUCGUGCAGCAUGACCGGGACAUGGCUCUCUGCGCCAACCUGAUGCAGAGUCCGUCGCCGCCUGCUCCUCCGUCCCCUACUCCCGUCAUCUGGGCUCCCCUGAUCCAAGCGCCUCUACAAGCUGCUGCCGCCACCACAUCAGUCGCUAUUGCACUAACCCACCAUCCCCAUCUCCCCGCCACUCUCUUCCGACCUCCGGUUUCCAUUCUCGGAUCGAGAAACGAGCCGCCCAGCCAGCUUAAGAGGUUUCAGACGUUCGCACCAAAUUCAGGAGAUCCCGGAUCAGCUGGUGACUCUCCAUCCGGUUCCCCGUCAAAGAUUCGUCCGGGAGUCGAUGCGUCGCUUCUUGCAUCCCUCCAGAGGCAGCACUCGUCAGGCGCCACCGGUUCCAGUCAGCAAGCCGGAAUUCCGUUAUUCCCAUUCGGAAGCAUCACUUGUUCGACUUCUAGCACCGCACAGCUUCAUUCGCAGCCAAGACAAAAGCAAGCCGUCGCCCCCGGCACUCCUCCGCAAUCAGGACAUCUCCAAAAAGGGGCGUCGGCAGCUGGUGGAUUUCCAGCUACAACCUCAUCCAAUACUAGUCCUCGUUCCACGGGCUUGUUCAGUCACGCCCCCAGUCAGUUGUUGCAAGGCCAGCUCCCACCAAAACCUUCUCAAACGGACUCCCUGCAGCAGUUUGCUACCGGAGGGGGCAAGACUUCCACUGGGUUGAACCUCUUCCACACUCCUCCACCCGGAUCGCCUUCAUCCAGCCGUUCCCAAGCCCCCGAGAGUUCCACGUCAUCUCAGAUCCCGCCCGCUUUAUCCGCCUACUUUCCUUUAGAAAGGUCAGCACUGGCCUCGCUCGCUCAGUACGGCUCAGCGAACGUCUCACCGUGCAACACCCCUCUGGCCCCAAGUCCGACCCUCCAGAGCCCCGUCACGGGGAGAACUUUCCACUACAGUGACCCUUCCAGCGCUGCCGGCUCUCACACCUCCCUGCUUCUCCCACAGUCCUCCUGCCCCGGCCAACUCCCGGGUCACCACUCUUCCGGCACAGACUCUCUGUUGGGCCGCUUCUAUGAGGAUUUGAACAUACUGUCCAGCUGCCACCCUAUAGAGACAGCGGGUCAGUCUUCCCCUCGGGGGCCCGGUUACUGCCUCUCUCCGUAUUCGUCCCCGACGCUAACCCCCAAACCCUGUAGCUCGGUAUCAGGGCACAUGUCCGGCCCCAUACAGACUUCUCCGGGCUCUCGAGGCCAGGCUCAUUCUAUAGGGACGUCACCUGCACUUUCUCUCCCCCGCGCCUCUGACCGCCACCCGUCCGAACUAGAACCGCUCCAUUCGAAACUCCCUUCCAAUUUGUGAAGCUAAAUCACACCCUCCUAACUAACUCAAUAAUAGCGAUCUUCUUCUGUGUGGCGUUUGACCUUUUCUUUCAACAUCUCUGUAUCGGCACUGUUUUAAUCGUUUUAAAUAUCUAAACAUUACUGUGGUUUAAAGAAGAUAAGAACUACCGAGUUAACUUAAGAGCUCUAGAUUUCUUUCCUUUUGCUUUGUUAUUCUCCUUUUUCACUUAUGAAUAUAUAUAUUUAUAUAUUUAAAUAUAUGUUAAUCAGUAUCUAGGAGGGUGUGAAAUGCUGCAUAUAUUGAGACCUAAAGGACAAUUGUUUAUUUUAUACCUAUGCCAAAUUCAUCCACAAGAGUUUGGUCAUUAAUAUCGACAUGGACAGAAAGACUCUUCUGCAGGAACCUAUGCACUCAGGCCUGCAUAUGAAAAUAUCCAAAACACCUUUUGAGUCGCCCUAAUGAGGAUCACAUAUUGUUGAUCUUGAAUCUAAAGGGUUGUGUUUAAGGGGUUGUACCUGUUUAUUCAUCCUACAAGUGUUUUGGGACCUUCCAAGGUGGAGAGGAGGCCUAAGAAAACCAAAAAAAUGAUAUAUCUACGUUCUCUUCAGCAUUUUUUGUUUUCGUUUAGCCACACUGUAGUAAUAUCAGCGGGAACUGAGCAUUGGGCAUCAGGGGAGAGGGUUAGAGUCACAGUUCACUUGUGUCUUCCAGGAUCAUACUACAGUGUAGCCUGCAGACUGUGUGUGUGUGUGUGUGUGUGUGUGUGUGUGUGUGUGUGUGUGUGUGUGUGUGUGUGUGUGUGUGUGUGUGUGUGUGUGUGUGUGUGUGUGUGUGUGUGUGUGUGAGUGUGUGUGUGUGUGUGUGUGUGUGUGUGUGUGUGUGUGUGUGUGUUCCUCAGAUGAACGAGCUUGAUGCAAGUGGCAAUCAAAUUAUACUUACCAAGAAUAGUGGAGAACUUCCAUGCAACAUUUUUUGUUUGUACAUAAAAUAAUCCAACAGCAUUAUAACAUUAGUCAAAUAUUAUUUAAUGUAUUUCUAUAUCUUUAGCUGCUAAUCGAGUGAAGGAUGCUGAAUGUAACAUGUAAGUCCAAACUAUGGUGAUCAGAUCCAUUCAGGGAUGCUGAUUGAAGAUCUCGGCAGACGCCCGUCACACACACCUGAGUCCCUCACAGGUCACGACUCUCAGCCACAGCGUUCUGAUUCAAUAGGACGGACAGGCACAUUUCGGGCGACCUUUGACCCUUGUCAGCUUGAUAACAGGACAACAUGAUGACCAGCGUCAGACAGACCGUCCGGGAUUGUAAGGAUGCACAAAACAUGAUUCAGUUUAAGCAAAAAAAAUAAUUAUAUAUAUAUAUAUACUACUGUUUAAAAGUUUGGGAUCAGAGAUAUUUUUGUCAACUGCAUGUACAACUACAUUUUAACAUUUUCUGGCAGAAAGGAGUGUUUUUGCCAAACGUAAAACUCACUACUAACAUAGUAGACUAUUGUGGUUGGUUGAUGGUGGUAGCAUGUUGCUAUGUUGUUGCUAGGGUGUUCUGGGUGGUUGCUAGGGUGUUAUGGGUGGUUGCUAGGUGGUUGCUAGGGUGUUCUGGG